AUGACCAAAGAAUCAAGCACCACAGUUCCGAGCUACGUACCAACACCAAAGAUGGAUGAUAAGAUAAAGAAAAUAAAUGAGUCUCAGAGGAAGAGAAUUAUUCUCAAUAUUGGGGGGAGGAAAUUCGAGACCUCAGUGUCGACCCUUAUGGUCAAACCCCAUUCAGUGUUGGCCAAAAUGAUAUCACCAGGAGGAGUGAAACCUUACAGUGUCGUCAAUGUGUACACGUAUUUUAUUGACAGGAACCCACAGAACUUCAACUAUGUAUUAGAUUACCUAAGGAAUGGAGGAGAUCUUCCCCUGGAUGCUUUGCCACUAGAUCAGAAGAGCUUACGUGAAAUUGUCAUGGAGGCUAAAUUUUAUGAACUACGAAAUCUAGAAUUGAUUUGUGAGAAGAAAAUCAUCAAAAUUAAGAACCUCGAUUUAACCGCAGAGUUGGCUGCUUUAAGCAAGAUGUAA